AUGGCUUCGGCCUCGCUGGCUGGCGCCCAGAGUUCAGACUCGGAACAUACACUUGCUGCUUUCGCUUUCGUUCGCACGGGAGAACGGACACCCAUCUUGCGCAAUAAUACCCAGACUCUUACCAGCUUCGGCGCGAAUCAGAUGCAUGCGCUCGGUCAAAAGUUCAGAUCAAAGUUCAUUUCCGGUCCUGAGUCCAUUGCGGGACUAUCAGAGGAUGUCCUGAACAACGACCAGAUUUGGGUUCAGACUCUCGAUGCGCCAUACCUGGUUUCGUCGGCGCAAGCCUUCAUGCAAGGUCUUUACCCACCACAUGACAUCAGCAACGCAACUGGUGAUAACACGGGUGUCCUCGCUGACGGCACUUCGGUCGACUACCCACUCAACGGAUAUCAGUACGCUAGCAUUCAUGCUGCGAAUGUGUACGACCCAGUUUCGAGACUUGUAUCUGGAGCUGGACAAUGUCCACAAGGACAAACCGACGCACUGAAAUACUUCACGACUCAAGAAUACCGGGAUGCCGAGUAUUUGGCAGACAACAGUGAACUGUACAAGAACCUCCCUCUGGAUUGGUUCGAAGGCCACGUCAAUCAAGAUGAACUUAUCUACAAGACCCUAGCAAACAAUGAGUCCGGCUUAUACGAUACGCUCCGAUCCCGCGCCGACGAAGUAGCCUGGUAUCUCUACGGCAACACCUCAACCUCCGAAACCAGCAACCGAGCCAUCGGCGGCAAAACGCUCGCCGGCUCGAUCCAAAACACCUUCGACAUGCUCGUAUCUGGCAAGAACAACAGCGCCGGCGAUCUCAGCAGCGCAGGCCAGAUCAGCACGCCCAGCCCACUCACCUUCUUCUUCGGCGAACAAGACGCCAUGAUGAGCCUCAUGUCCUUAAUGAUGCUCGACACACAGUCCGCCGAAUUCAAAUCCAUCCCACCCUACGGCUCCGCCAUGAUAUUCGAACUCUUCAGCACCAGCUCCAACACAGCCAUGCCCAGCGACCCCGACGACCUCUGGGUACGCUUCUACUUCCACAACGGCACAGACGCAGACGACAAGCCACUGCAAUCCUACUCCAUGUUCAACAACGGGCGUUCCAAGACAGACAUGCGAUACACAGAGUUCGAAAGACUCUUCAGCACCAUCUCCAUGCAGGGCCUAAGCGACUGGUGCGAAACCUGCAGCACAGGAGCUUUCUUUUGCCGCGGCGCAGACGGCAGCGGCGUCACGCUCGUCGUCCCCGCUGCCCACGAAAGACAAAGUAAAGACGGCGUCUCCCCCGUCGUCGGCGGCGUAAUCGGCGCAGUCAUUUCUCUCGUCGUAGCAGGCCUCCUCUUCGCACUCGCUAUGCUACUCACUGGACUCCGCUUCCACCGCGUCGAGCACCGUCUUGGUGCCAACCUUCGUAGUCAGAAAUCGGAUCUUGGCGGCUUCAAGGGCUCGGCGAAGUUGGCGUCGGAUCCGGAUGUUAGUCUUGCGGGGAAUGGGGCACCGCCUGCGACGAAUAAUGCGGGGGUUGUUAGUUUUGGUGGGGAUGGGAAGAGGGGGCAUGAGAGGGUGGGGAGUUGGGAACUUAGGCAGAAGGAGUUUGGGAAGGAUGUUGGGGAUGUGAGUCCGAGGAGUAGUUUUGGGGGGAUUGAUGGGGUUGCUGUUAGGGGGGUUGAGCCGCGGGAUCAGGUGUGA